AUGGGGGCCAACCGGCCGGAUCCUGAUAACUUAAGUGACUCUCUGUUUUCUGGCGAUGAAGAAAAUGCUGGGACUGAGGAUAUAAAGAAUGAGAUAAAUGGAAAUUGGAUUUCAGCAUCCUCCAUUAAUGAAGCUAAAAUUAAUGCCAAGGCAAAAAGGCGCCUACGGAAAAACUCAUCCCGGGACUCUGGCAGAGGCGAUUCAGUUAGUGAUAAUGGAAGCGAAGCCAUUAGAAGUGGAGUAACUGUACCAACCAGUCCAAAGGGAAGGUUGCUAGAUAGGCGAUCCAGAUCUGGGAAAGGACGGGGACUUCCAAAGAAAGAUCCUGAUAACUUAAGUGACUCUCUGUUUUCUGGCGAUGAAGAAAAUGCUGGGACUGAGGAUAUAAAGAAUGAGAUAAAUGGAAAUUGGAUUUCAGCAUCCUCCAUUAAUGAAGCUAAAAUUAAUGCCAAGGCAAAAAGGCGCCUACGGAAAAACUCAUCCCGGGACUCUGGCAGAGGCGAUUCAGUUAGUGAUAAUGGAAGCGAAGCCAUUAGAAGUGGAGUAACUGUACCAACCAGUCCAAAGGGAAGGUUGCUAGAUAGGCGAUCCAGAUCUGGGAAAGGACGGGGACUUCCAAAGAAAGGUGGUGCAGGAGGCAAAGGUGUUUGGGGUACACCCGGGCAGGUAUAUGAUGUGGAGGAAGUGGAUGUGAAAGAUCCUAACUAUGACGAUGACCAGGAGAACUGUGUUUAUGAAACUGUAGUUUUGCCUUUGGAUGAAACAGCAUUUGAGAAGACUUUAACACCAAUCAUACAGGAAUAUUUUGAGCAUGGAGAUACUAAUGAAGUUGCGGAAAUGCUAAGAGAUUUAAAUCUUGGUGAAAUGAAAAGUGGAGUACCAGUGUUGGCAGUAUCCUUGGCAUUGGAGGGAAAGGCUAGUCAUAGAGAAAUGACAUCUAAGCUUCUUUCUGACCUUUGUGGAACAGUAAUGAGCACAAAUGAUGUAGAAAAAUCAUUUGAUAAAUUGUUGAAAGAUCUACCUGAAUUAGCGUUGGAUACUCCUAGAGCACCACAGUUGGUGGGCCAAUUUAUUGCAAGAGCUGUUGGAGAUGGAAUUUUAUGUAAUACCUAUAUUGAUAGUUACAGAGGAACUGUAGAUUGUGUACAGGCUAGAGCUGCUCUGGACAAGGCUACUGUGCUCCUGAGUAUGUCUAAAGGUGGAAAGCGCAAAGAUAGUGUGUGGGGCUCUGGCGGUGGGCAGAAGCCUGUUAAUCACCUUGUUAAAGAGAUUGAUAUGCUGCUGAAAGAGUACUUACUCUCUGGAGACAUAUCUGAAGCUGAACAUUGCCUUAAGGAACUGGAAGUACCUCAUUUUCACCAUGAGCUUGUAUAUGAAGCCAUUGUAAUGGUUUUGGAGUCAACUGGAGAAAGUACAUUUAAGAUGAUUUUGGAUUUGUUAAAAUCCCUUUGGAAAUCUUCUACGAUUACUCUAGACCAAAUGAAAAGAGGUUAUGAGAGAAUUUAUAAUGAAAUUCCGGACAUUAAUCUGGAUGUCCCAUAUUCAUACUCCGUGCUUGAGAGAUUUGUAGAAGAAUGUUUUCAGGCUGGAAUAAUUUCCAAACAACUCAGAGAUCUUUGUCCUUCAAGGGGCAGAAAACGUUUUGUAAGUGAAGGAGAUGGAGGUCGUCUUAAACCAGAGAGCUACUGAAUAUAAGAACUCUUGCAGUCUUAGAUGUUAUAAAAAUAUAUAUAUAUCUCUGAAUUGUAAGAGUUGUUAGCACAGUUUUUUUGUUUGUUUUUAAACACUUGUUUUGGGUACAAGGCAUUUCUGAAAUUUUAUAGACUUAACUUUAAGGGGAAUUUUUAAAGGAAGUGUUUCCUUUUUUUUUUUUUUUUUUUUUUUGACAGUGUAAAGGAGGGACAGAAAAGUAACCACUUCUUAAGUGGAGUGUUCUCAUAAGCUACCUUUUGUAAGUGCCAUGUUUAUGACCUAAUCAUUCCAAGUUUUGCAUUGAUGUCAGAUUGCUAUUCCUUUCUUUCAAGGACAGUGUUUUUGUAGUAAAAUCACUGGUUUAUACAAAGCUUUAUUUAGGGGGUAAAGUUAAGCUGCUAAAACCCCAUUUUGGCUGCUGCUGUUGAAAUACUGUGCUUUGGGAGUAAAAAAAAAAAAAGUUAUUUCUUUGUCUUAAAGAAUUUUAAGAAAAUGAGUUAGUCAGGAGACUUAUUCAUCUUUCCAGGGAACAUAUUGAUUGGUCUUAAAGACUAGACAGUUAAGUAAAUGGUGGCUGGAACAUUUAUUUUUCUACAAAACUGGAAAAAUGAACCCGGUUCUAGAAGAAUGUAUGACAAAAUAAAACAUGUGAAACAGUGUUGAUUCUU